AUGUUCCAGGCCAUCUACGUUACCGACGCCAGCCAUGCGCUAACGUACGAGUACUUGGUCUUUCCCCAUUCUCCAGCAUUUGCUGAUGUAGGCGCAACCAUUGCUACCAAAAUUGGCACUCUCUCUGCUGCUGCAAACAAGCAGAUCCAACAUAUCCCGCUCAACCUGGAAUAUUACUUGUGUGCUUACACCACCACGAGCAUUGCCUUGUGCAUGUUGUGUCUGAUUGAGGAUAAGGAGAAACCGGGCAACCCCCUUUAUCCCGGGGUGUUUCUUCAGAAGCUAGUGCUAGCUGCUCAAGAGUACUUUGGCGUUCCUCUUGCGCCCACCAAGCUUUCGGCCAACAGCGAUACGUUUACGCUACUCAUCAAUGAAAUGAUCGUCAAUGGUGUUCCAAAUGUCACCGAAGUAAAUAACUUGAAGGAUAUUGUGCUGCUGAAGAGCUUGUUGAACACUAUCAUCAGAACAGGUAAUAAGUUGGCGACCGCCGCUGCCAAUAAUUCUCUCUCGUCUCUUUCCACAGUACAGGGCGGCUCUUUUGUAUCGGAAAAGGAUACUGUCCCCUGGAGAAGAUCUAAUGUCAAGUAUGCCGUGAACGAGAUGUUUGUCGAUGUCGAGGAGACGGUGCAUGCGGUCUUGCGCCCAACGCGUCGCAAGAAUAAGCUCAAGCUCUUAUCAAGCUCUAAUUUCGAUUCUGCAUUCUAUUCUUCGUCCUCCUUGCCGGCUUCCACAAAGCUCACGCCGAUCACGAGCACCAUCACCGGAAACAUUAAUUUCUUAUCACAUAUCACAGGUGUACCGCAGCUCCAGAUUCUUUUCAACUCGGCAGCGCUGAACAUGGAGGCAAUUCUGUUGCACGAAUGUGUGAAUGCGGGCAUUUGGAAGACGUCGCGUGCUCUUUCUUUCAUUCCACCAGACAAGCUGUCGACACUCCUAAGUUACACAAUCGAUCUAGAUAAGUCACAAGGAUCACUGCAAAACAGUACGCCGGGUCUUCUUGAGUUCGACUGCGAAACAGGUCUCGGUGCGUCUCAGAAUGAAUUCGAAUUCCGCUUGUUCACGCUGAAGGACCAGGCGGUCUCUAAAAUCGACUCCGUAAAAGUGGAGGUCUUCUCGUUUCAGCCCUUCUUAGAUGAAGAUCAGGGUGACGAUCAUUCUGUGAAUGAAAGUUUCGAUAGCCAGGCAAAUGCCAUCACAGACAUUAAAGUUUCACGAGUCACAGAUGGUGACUUCACGUAUAAAGGCAACGGGAAAGGAGAGUGGACAAUAAAAAACCUCCAAUCUGGUGCUCACUCUACUCUACGUGCAAGCAUUCGGACUGCCAGCGACCUGCUCAGUGAUGUCUCUCUUGUCAAUUCUAACGACGACUUGCUUGAAGUGCAAAGUGCCGUCAAGCCAAAUCGGGCGCCCAUCAUCCCGACACACUUCCAAGUCACCUAUCUCUACAAGGGUCUGGUCCCUAGUGGACUCAAAGUGGACAGCCUCAAAAUGAUAUCUGUCAAGGGUCUAGGCGAUGGUGUGAAGCCUUAUAAAGGUGUCAAGUACAUCACCAAGACAGAUGAUUUCACCAUCAGAACUCGAUAA